UUACAAAUUGCACCCGCCAAGUAGGAAAUUGCAAAGGUUUUAAGGCCGACAGAAAUUACUAAUCAGCCUAAUAACUAGAUUAUGAGUUCUACUUCUACUGAAGCCUGCUAAAUGCUAGUCACAACUUGCAAAGUGACCUUUCGAUUGGCAGUGUCAAAGCAGGCGAUUGAGACGGAGGGCCUGCAGCCAUGAGGAACCCCUAUGCACACAUCGUGGAGGCUCUGGAUGCGCAGAAACCCGACCACAAGUUCUACAACCUGUCCAAACUCCAGGAUGCCAGAUACACCCGGCUGCCCUUCUCCAUCCGGGUGCUGCUGGAGUCUGCGGUCAGGAACUGCGACGAGUUCCUGGUGAAGCAGGCAGACGUGGAGCGCAUCCUCAACUGGAAGGAGACUCAGAGCCAGAGCGUGGAGGUGCCGUUCAGGCCCGCGCGGGUCAUCCUGCAGGACUUCACCGGGGUGCCCGCGGUGGUGGACUUCGCGGCCAUGCGCGACGCGGUGAAGACGCUCGGCGGAGACCCCGAGAACAUCAACCCGGUGUGUCCCGCUGACCUCGUCAUAGACCACUCCAUCCAGGUGGACUUCAACAGAAAGUCUGACAGUCUGCAGAAGAACCAGGAUUUGGAGUUUGAAAGAAACAGGGAACGCUUUGAGUUUUUAAAGUGGGGCUCCAAGGCCUUCAAGAACAUGCGGAUCAUACCCCCAGGCUCCGGCAUCGUGCACCAGGUCAACCUGGAGUACCUGGCCAGGGUGGUCUUUGACCAGGACGGGUUCUACUACCCCGACAGCCUGGUCGGCACGGACUCCCACACCACCAUGAUCGACGGCCUGGGCGUGCUGGGCUGGGGAGUGGGCGGGAUUGAGGCAGAAGCUGUGAUGCUGGGCCAGCCUAUCAGCAUGGUGCUGCCUGAGGUCAUCGGCUACAAGGUGCUGGGCGUGCCAGACAAGCUCAUCACCUCCACAGACAUUGUGCUCACCAUCACCAAGCACCUUCGGCAGGUGGGCGUGGUGGGGAAGUUCGUCGAGUUCUUCGGCCCAGGUGUGGCCCACCUCUCCAUCGCCGACAGAGCCACCAUCGCCAACAUGUGCCCUGAAUACGGAGCCACUGCCGCGUUCUUCCCGGUCGACCACAUCAGCGUCGCGUACCUGGAGCAGACAGGAAGAGAUCCAGAGAAGUUGCACUACAUCGGCGAGUACUUGAAAGCAGUGGGGAUGUUCAGAAACUACAGCGACGCUUCACAGGACCCUGAAUUCACACAGGUGGUGGAGUUGGACCUGGGCACGGUGGAUCCCUGCUGCAGUGGGCCCAAGAGACCUCAGGACAAGGUGUCUGUGUGCGACAUGAAGAAGGACUUUGAAGCAUGUCUAGGGGCUAAGCAAGGCUUUAAGGGCUUCCAGGUGGCCCCCGCACGCCACGCGGCCUCCGUCCCCUUCCAGUUCGGCGGGGAGGAAUACUCCCUGUCCCACGGGUCGGUGGUCAUCGCCGCCAUCACCAGCUGCACCAACACCAGCAACCCUUCGGUCAUGCUGGGGGCCGGGCUCCUGGCACAGAAGGCCGUGGAGGCGGGACUGAGCGUGAAGCCGUACAUUAAGACCAGCCUGUCGCCUGGCAGCGGGGUGGUCACCUACUACCUGAAGGAGAGUGGGGUCAUGUCCUACCUCUCCCAGCUCGGGUUCGAGGUGGUGGGCUAUGGCUGCAUGACCUGCAUAGGGAACAGCGGUCCUCUCCCAGAGUCUGUGGUGGAGGCUAUUACCCAGGGUGAUCUGGUGGCCGCUGGAAUCCUGUCCGGAAACAGGAACUUCGAGGGCCGCGUUCACCCCAACACCCGCGCCAACUACCUGGCCUCUCCACCGCUGGUCAUCGCCUACGCCAUCGCCGGAACCAUCCGGAUAGACUUCGAGAAGGAGCCUGUGGGGGUGAACGCUGAGGGGAAGGAGAUCUUCCUGACGGACAUCUGGCCCACGCGGGAGGAGAUUCAGGCUGUGGAAAGAAAGCAUGUGAUCCCCGCCAUGUUCAAGGAGGUCUACGAGAAGAUCGAGACUGUAAAUGAGCGAUGGAAUGCACUAAAGGCUCCCUCUGACAAGUUGUACACCUGGGAUCCCAAAUCCACCUACAUCAAGUCUCCACCCUUCUUCAACGGCCUGAGCAAGACGCUGAAGCCCCCCACGUCCAUCACGGAUGCGUAUGUGCUGCUGAACUUCGGGGACUCGGUGACCACGGACCACAUCUCUCCUGCAGGGAACAUCGCGCGUAACAGCCCUGCAGCGCGCUAUCUGACCAGCAGGGGCCUGAACCCACGAGAUUUUAACUCGUACGGCUCCCGCCGUGGCAACGACGCGGUAAUGGCCCGGGGAACCUUCGCCAACAUCCGCCUUUUCAACAAGUUCCUGAACAAGCAGGCCCCGCGCACCAUACACCUGCCCUCCGAUGAAACGCUGGACAUCUUUGACGCUGCCGAGCGCUACCAGGAGGCCGGCAUUCCGCUGCUGAUCCUGACGGGAAAGGAGUACGGAUCGGGCAGCUCCAGAGACUGGGCCGCCAAAGGCCCGUUCCUCCUGGGCAUCAAGGCGGUGCUGGCGGAGAGCUACGAGCGGAUUCACCGCAGUAACCUGGUCGGCAUGGGGAUCAUCCCGCUGGAGUACCUCCCCGGAGAGACCGCCGAGUCCCUGGGGCUCACGGGCCGGGAGCGCUACACCAUCGCCAUCCCCGAACCGCUCACUCCCAGAAUGCUCGUCGACAUCAAGCUGGACACGGGGAUGACCUUCCAGGCCCGGAUGAGGUUCGACACGGACGUGGAGCUCACCUACUUCCACCACGGCGGAAUCCUCAACUACAUGAUCCGCAAGAUGAGCGACAAGUAGAGGGGGGGGAGAGUCCGCGGACCGUGAAGCGGCCCCAGACUGCGGGCACAGCACCGUUCCACAGGGAGGGAGAGAGGGAGAGAGGGAGAGAGGGAGAGAGGGAGAGUGGGAGAGAGGGAGAGGAUAAACAUUCCCGAGGAUGAGCACGUCUCUUCCGUUUUGGUGUUUUUUUUUUUUUUGUUUUUUUUCUUGUGUGUUUUUGUAGAGAACGUCAGACAUCCAUUGCGUUGCUCUGGCACAUCAUGUUGGUAACCUAGGUAACACAGUCUGGCUUCACCCCCCUACCUCAUGUUUUGCCAAGCGUUCAUUCCCCAGCAGAAACAAUGUAGUUUGGCAUCAUGUCUGCUGUCAGUCUGUUUGUUCCUUCUAGGGACUGGAAUUGCCUCCAGUCAUGAAUUUUAUUAGUGUUUGUCCCUAUGUAGUGUCUCUCUCGUGUGGAUGGCACAUGCAACAGAGCAGUGUUGUGUGAGUCCCAUUGGAAUUUGUUGGUGUUUGGAUUACCUCACACUAGCCCUUAGCACUGGGUCACAGUCCAGUUCAAACACAAGAAAUGCACAUAAACGGUUGGGAAGUGGGUAGACUUCCAGUUAGCCACUGGCUAUAGGAGCUGGCCUGGAACCUAUUAUGGAGAAUGGGAAACUUCUACCAUCUGCAGUCAUUUCACAGAAAGUGCUGUAUGCAUAUGCAAUUAAAUGUAUGUAUUUGCAAACUGUAAAGCAAACAAGGUUUGCCUUAAAUACUCAGUAUACAGACUCGUGUAUUUUGGGAGAUUGGGUGGGGUGACAACUUUUCAAAGUGCCUACGUUUUCGCAGAUAAUGAUGUUUCCGAAGGAUGUGCGCACCAAGGGCUUGUUUGUUCAAAGACUUUGAGAAUUUGCCCGUGCCGGUCUUGCGGCCUGGUCUUAUUUUGCUUCUGCACUUUGCAUUUCCAUCUUUAUGUGCCCUGCAGCCCAAAGAAGCCUGACGAUGUGUACGCACAGGGCUGAGACCAGACCCUGGAUAAACACACAUGUGUAAUGGCUGCUCGUGUCAGUUCCAACAUCACGUGUUCCCACGGAGAGCUCAACAAAUGCUGAGUUUAACCCUGCUGUACCCUGCAGUGAACUCUGCUGUAAUGGUGACAUGCUGCCAUAGAACUGCUGCUCUCCCUAUUCCCCCUGCCUACUGAUCAUGCAUUAUAAUACCCUCCCACACUGCAGAGGGUGCUACGUUUCUAACCUGAAGCCAGAAUAAAAGCCUUAUUUUCCUUCCUCA